GUCUGGCGUAUCUGAUAUGUUGCAAUUCUAUCUUUUACAUGAUCUAUGCAAUAGUUAUAUCGUAACAGAAUUGAAUAGAGUUUGUACACAAUCUUUUAAUUAUUGACAAACGAUAUUAUUAGCGUAACAAUCACCAAAUUGCAUAGUUUUAAUUAACCGCAUAACGUAAAUGAAACGUUUGAAGUAACAUGGAAGAACGUAAAGAACUUAUUGUUUGUGUACCAGGCCAAAGAUUAUGCAUCUCUGAUAAAAUAAACAUAUGUGGACCUGGAACUUACGAACAACAAGGUUAUAUUUAUUCGAAACUUGCAGGUGUAGUUAAGUUAAUACCACAAGAAAAUUCUCGCACUAUAGAAGUACAUGGAAUUACAGAACAAAGUAUUGUUCCAGCACCUGGUGACAUUAUAACAGCGAUGGUGACUCUUGUCAAUCAAAGAUUUUGUAAAUGUAGCAUAAAAUGUGUUGGUGAUAUUGUACUGACAAGACCUUACAGGGGAAUUUUGAGGAAAGAAGAUGUUCGUGCAAUGGACAAAAAUAAUAUCCAAAUGUAUAAGUGUUUUAGGCCUGGAGAUAUUAUUCUUGCCAGAGUUAUGCCAAUGACAGAAGCACAUGUUUAUCAACUAAGUACAGCAGAAAAUGAAUUAGGUGUAGUUAUAGCACAAAGUGAAGAAGGUGUGGCUAUGAUACCUAUAAGUUGGACUCAAAUGCAAUGUCCUAAAACAUUACAUAAAGAAUUUCGAAAAGUAGCAAAGGUUGUUCCAGAGCAUGUCAUGGAACAAUAAUGUAACAUACAAAAAUCUUUAUUUUACUACCAAAUAAUAAGAUACAUCUAUAUUUAUUAUGAUAUAUUAGUGGAAAUUAUUACUGAAAUCCGAUCUCGCAUUAACGGCAUACGAUUUCGAAUCUCAACUGCCUGGGCGUUUUUAUUU